AUGAUCAGGUCACGUUAUGUGCUGCCACUAAUCAUCAUGAAUAUUUUAUUUCAAAAUGACUGGCAUGGGAAAAAUAUUUUAGACCAGUUGGCCAAUUAUAACGUCAAAUUGGUGAAGACAGGAAGUCGCAUUUUAUCAGACAAUACAACAGGUCGAAUAAACUUUUUGGAUGAAAUUAAAGGAAGCUACAAACCGCUGUUUGACGUGUACGAAUUGUCAGCCAAUGAAGAUAUUCAAAAAGGAAAAUCCAAAGACGUGCCAAUUCAUGAAGCAAACAAUGGAAAAUCAACAAGCAUAGACGAAACUGCUGAUAAUUUAAUACAGAUGCCCAAUGAUGAAAAAUCAAAUGGAAAAGGAAAUGCAGAAAGGGCUGUAGAGACAGAACCAAAUACGUUUAGAAAAUUAAUUAACAAAGGGAAUAUAGAAGAUUUUGACAAUUUGGGAGAACACGAGCAGGAGGAAGAAGAAGUAGAAGUAGAAGAAGAAGUAGAAGUAGAAGAAAAGAAAAAAGAAAAAGAGACGGAGAAGCCGCAGGAGAAGGUACAACCUGAGGAAUCCGACGAACAAACUGGCCGCAAAUCGAUGAGCGAAGAAGGGUCGAAGUCGAUUAGUAGAGAGAAGGAAGGAAGACAGAGCAAUCCUAGUGAAUCCUCCCCUGGAGGUGAGUCACCCCAAGAAGGUGGUAAUAAUCUAGGAGACGGCAUCGAAAUGGCAGCAUUAAAAGGGGACGACAAGUCCAAAGGGCAAGAAAGAAAGAAUGAGAAAAUUCUAAUGUUUAGCAAAGAGGAAGGGGAAGAAACGGAAAAGUCGAAUGAGGGAGGAAGCCCGAAGGUUCAUUCUCCCCAGGAUGAUAAUGCGGAAAAAGCGAGUGCAGCCGGUAAGGAGGAAAAAGAGGAGGAUGAUGAGGAAGAAGAAGUAGAGGAGGAGGAAGAAGAAGAGGGGAAGGGGGAGGAAUACCGACUAUAUGAAUCAGAAAAUGUGCCACAAGAAGACAUCAUAACACAAAAAUUUGACCACUACACAAUCGUCACAAACUCGAAAGAUGUCCUUAACGACAUCAGUGUUGACGCGUCAGACAUUUCCAAGCUGAGUAUUGGAAGCAUAAACAUACCUUACAGCGAAGAGAACAAAACUUCCUUCACGCACCAGAGACACAUAGUCGUAACGAACAAGGGGAAUAAAAAAUAUAGAGUUGUUCUGAUGACAAAAAAUUCGAAGUUUAUCGAAUUGGAGGAUGAAUGGCGUCAGAAGGCUGCCACCAAUACAUUCAUUGAAAGGGAGGGGAUGGAAAAGAAGGAGACACCAGACGAUGAGUAUGAAGAAGAUAGUGACCAAACGAAUUUGUAUGCGGGCAAAGGGACACUCGAUUUUGGUAAGGCCUAUCGGGGCAACAGGGGGGGCAGCGGCCGAGAGAGGGGAACUCCCAGCGGGACCGGAAAUGUCAAUGUGGAGAGGCACACAGCUGGUGGUACUGCUGCUAGUACUGCUGGUCGCAGCGGUGGCGGUGCCAUACGGGGAACGAUAAAGCGCCUUUUCAGCUUUUUAACGUUGAGGUGGAAUCAAGAUGAGCCUUCCACUGGCACGGGUGAAUCGAAGGACAAUAGCGGAAGGGAUGGCGAUGAUGGGGACAAUAAAGAAAACUCUAACGGUGGAGGCGACCCCCAUGACCAUACAGACAACUUGAAUGAAUUUUUGAGUGCCGACAAGCUGGUGGACCAGUAUCUAUUAAAUCUGAAAAACAGCACCCCCGAGAAGCAGGAGCUAAUAUUCGUCCUGAGAGGAGACUUAGAUUUGCACUCAUCACACAUGAAAACGGUUAUCAAAAGAAGCAGCGAGAAAUUUGAGGAGCACAUAAAGAGAAACUUCCAUCAAGUGGACAAAAUAGUGUAUGAUGUCUCGUCGCCAAUCAACUUUCUGUGUUUUUUUGUUCCAACCGUUUUUGACAUGAAUAAUUUUCACUUGUUGAGGGAGGCGCUGAUCAUAUUGCAGAGGGAGCUGGAGGGCUACAUGGAGAACUGGAGCUUUUCCAAUACCUACGUGACGUUGGACGCGCCGCACGUGGGGGGCGGGGUUAUUGGCCAAAGUGCCGCUUCGGCGGAUGGGACUAAUGGUAGUCACAAAGAUGGACAGAUAGACAGGCAUGUAGACAGCCACGGAGGGAAUGACACAGGAGAAGACGCAGAGGAUGACGCAGGAGAUCACGCAGGAGACAACGCAGACGAUAACGCAGACGACGACGCAGACGAUCACGAAGCCCACCACGCAGAUGGCCCCACACACAAGGGGACCAGAAAAUUCGUCAAGAAGAAAAAAAACCUGUACAAUGGUAACUACUCCUUUGUGCGCAAAUUCUGGAGUAUCCAGUCAAUCAGUGAAUUCGCUAGAAGAAAGAGAAAAACGAAGAAGGAAAUCGAAAAGGAAAUUCUAAACUUCUUACCGAAAGAGUUAAGAGAGUAUUCCACGUGGAACCUCUCAAUCAUCCGAGUAUUUAAUGCCUGGUUUCUAGCAGGCUAUGGGAACAAAAAUGUGAAGGUGUGCAUAAUAGACUCUGGGAUCGAUAAGAAUCACAUCGACUUAAUGAAAAAUGUCUACAUUCCGGAAUACUCCACACAAUACGAAAUGACGAGAGAGUUUUACGACUUUAUGGUGAAGAACCCAACAGAUUCUUCCGGACAUGGGACACAUGUCACAGGAAUUAUCGGUGGAGUAGCCAAUGAUUUAGGCAUGGUCGGUGUGGCCCCCAAUGUUACUUUAAUAUCGUUAAGGUUUAUCGAUGGAGAAAAGUAUGGAGGAAGUUUCCACGCCAUUAAAGCCAUUAACGUUUGCAUUUUAAUUAAAGCGCCGAUCAUCAAUGUCAGUUGGGGGUCUAGCAAGUACGAUGCCAAUAUUCACCGUGCUGUGCAAAGGCUGAAAUAUACCUUCAACGGGAAGGGCACCGUGCUAGUCACGGCCGCCGGCAACGAGAACAAGAACAACGACGAGCACCCUUUGUACCCUUCAAGUUUUAAGUUGCCCCACGUGUACAGCGUCGCCUCCAUCAGCAAGAACUUCGAAAUUUCUCCCUUCUCAAACUACGGAGAGAAGAGUGUACACAUCAUGGCACCCGGCCACCACAUAUACUCCACCACGCCAAACAAUUCGUACAAAAUAAAUACGGGCACCUCGAUGGCGGCCCCGCAUGUGUGCGGAGUCAGUGCCUUAGUCUACUCAGUGUGUUACAAUCAAGGGUUCAUCCCCUCCGCAGAAGAAGUGUUAGAUAUAUUGACGAGGACGUCUAUCAAGGUAAUCACGCGAAACAGAAAAACAAUAAAUGACAGCCUGGUAAAUGCAGAAGGAGCUGUCCUGACAACAUUGUUAGGAGGACUGUGGAUGCAGAUGGACUGCCAUUUUGUACAAUUCAAUUUGGAAAGAGGAAAGAAAAAACACAUCCCUGUCGUAUUCUCAGCCUAUAAAAAAGGAAUAUACGAAACAGACAUAGUUAUAGCAGUAAUACCUACGGAGGAAAAUUCCAAAUCCUAUAGUGAAAUUUGGAUACCUAUCCGAAUAGUGACUGAUCCGGAAGCGGAAAACUUUAAAGAGUCUCCUGUAAAUGGAAAACAAAUAAUAAUCGAUAAGAAUGAAGCAGGUCAUGAUGAAGUGCUCUCUUACAUCUGUGAUAAUGCCUUAUACAAUUUGUACGAGAUGAAUAGUAAGUUCCUUGUCAUUUCCGUAGUGCUAUUCUUUGUGGUACUCAUUUUGAUAGUCGUCGGAACGAUUUUAUUUAUCAAGAGAAAGCGCGAAAGCGAAUACUGCGACGAUGAAAGCCAUGAAGACAAUAUGAUGAGGAACAGUGCCAUCGAGCAGCACCACAUUUUAAACAAUACCGGAAACCACGAACUCGAAAUGGCCAAACGUUCCCAUGUAGAAAAAAUGAGAAACAGCGUCCGAUUCAGCGCUGUGAUGGGGACACAAAACACUUGUACGGUUAAGGAAAGGGAAUUCAAAAAGUUCAGUUUGGACAAUUACGGCGAAUUCAUAAAAAUGCCCCUUUUGAAAUCUAACAGCGGCAAACCGACCACUCACAAUGUGGACCAGAAGUGUGAGUGGGAUGCGGAUAAGCAAGAUUCAUGGAAGUGA